AAAAUAACAUUAUAUUUCUCUGUGGACAUAUUGAGAUGAUACCAGCUUGCAUGAAUAUCUUUAAUUGUAAGACAUUUCGGUCCGAAAUUGUGUCAAUAUUCUAUUUACAAACCACGCACGAACCACUGGAUCGUUCGUAUUUAAACAGGGUAACCUACAUUUACACUUGUCUGACCAAUACGUUUAUAUAUGCAGCAUGGUAAAAAUUUACUCAAACACAGUGUUACAAUAUAUGAUUGUACUGUCAAUGCAAAUUGUUCCCAUCAAGAAACUACUUCACUAUUUUACAUUGAUAAGCGUAUUUCUUUAGAAAGGGGCGUGACAUAAUGAUUCUGAUGUAGCCGCAUUUGGUCAUGUGACCCAACACGGAAGUCCACUCUACAACUGGAAGUAGAUCGAAGGUCUCCACGACAAACUUUGUUUACUUUAGGUAUUAAAUUGUUAAAUCAGUAACUAUACCUCCAACGGCACCAUUAACUUUGCAUAUCUGACUGUUCUCUGAAUAUUCUUGAAAAUCCUGUAAUCAAAUUUUAUUUUAAACAACGUUUUUACAAAAUCCUGUCCUGCUGUCAUGACUAGAAGGACGGGCUUAACAUUACAAAUGAAGUAAACUGAGAUUCGGAGACACCAGUUUGCAAAGGCAAGUAAACUUCCCUGUACCCAGUCUUGUUGGUGACUCAAAGAAUGUAAUUCUUGUUUGUUAUAUUGUGUUUAAACAGAAGCAGACUUGCUUGUUAAAUUAGAAUACCGUUUGUUGUCAUCGAAGUAUUGUUACUUUAUCAGCUCUUUUCAGUCCUGUCGUUCGUCCUCGUGGGGAAUUUAACUUGGCAGAGGACGUCGUAAUAGUACGUCGCUGCCCCGGUUGAAUGCCACGGGGCUGUGCCAUUGAGAGGCGGCCGUUUGCAAUGCCAGUUCCAGUCUCAGUUAUGGCAGAGUCGAUGGAUCACCAAAAACGCUUCAAGGCCGCUGUCGAUGUAAUUCAUAACCUUCCCAAAAACGGUUCCUACCGGCCCUCUUAUGAAGUAAUGCUGCGGUUCUACAGCCUCUACAAGCAGGCAGUGUGUGGACCCUGCACAGUGUCCCGACCCGGCUUCUGGGACCCAGUAGGUCGCUAUAAAUGGGAUGCCUGGAACCGACUAGGCAACAUGAACAGUGAGAGUGCCAUGGCGGCCUAUGUAGAGGAGAUGAAGAAAGUGGCCCAAGAGGUUAUUGACACAAUGCCCAUGAAUGAGAAGACCGCGUCGCUGUUCCACCACUUUGAGCCCCUCUACGUGGUUAUUGACGACAUGCCCCGGCCACCGACCACGCUGCUAGAUCUGAGAGACAUUAAGUGCACCGACAAAGCAGCCAGUCUAGUGGAAUUUGAACAGAAGACGGGAACCCAAAAAGAACCUGUGCCAGAAGAAGAGCUUGCCAUGGACCUGGUGCCUGCCCAAAGAGAAGAGUCUGAGUCUCGACCUAUCAUGAAAGAUGUACCCCUCGCAGACAAGGUGACUGACCCAGAAGAGGUGCCAGGUCGGACACAACUGCAGUCAGACAACUCCGCUGGCGAUGGUCAGGAGCCUGUUCCUGAGCUCAUUCCUUCUGAUGGCGCAGUGAUGCCAGAGGUACUGCUGUUGACCAGUGACUCAGAGAGUGAGAUCUUCGUUGACUCUGUGGAUUCUGUGGAACUUCUGGAAAAUAUCCAGGUGGUUGAGAUCCCCAAGUUAAAGUCAAAUGGCCUCCAUAAUGGCCAUGAAUACUCCGGGUCCUCCUCGUUCCGAUCCGAUCACAUGGAGACGGCGUUCGAGGUGACGCAGGUGGGGUCUGGGAAAGGUGGAGAGGGGGCAGGGAAUGCAGGGGGACCACCAAUGAGGAGGAGUCGAGAAGCAGGGAGAGACGGGUUGAGGGACCAGAGAUGGAGAGAACGAGGUGUUCCUCAGGGGAGCCCCAGGAGGCCGGGGAGAGAGUCCCUGGGGCCAGGGGGAGGGGCAGGUCGAGGAGGGGGAGACGGCUCAGAAGGCGGGGCUGAGAGGCUGCAGGACGUCCAGGUACAGCAGCAGAUCCUGCUGGCUCUACGGAGGCUGAGGGAGGACAUGCAGAGUGUCAUGGAGAGACUAGAGGCAGUGGAGAGGCUAGCUGCAUCACAGGCCCAGAAUUUAGACUGGAGGCCUUCAUGUCUUCACUGUGCAGCCUCAGCCACCCAAUCAGAGGAGGAGUCAUGGUGGCCCUUCCCGGAUGUAUCAGGACGGACUAUGCUGCUUCUGCUGUUUUGGCCCCUUCUGGCCCAAGGCUUAGUGUUUCUAAUGCGGAGGGGCCAAAAGAAGUCCCGAAUCUCUACCUGAAACUAAUGGACCCCAUCCCAUAACCCCGGUUUAGGAAUACAUUUAAAGUUUUAUUGUUUAUUACUAUUGGAACCAGUAGCAACAUUGAUCUAUUGUACAGCCAACGAUCCAUAUUUGGCAACUCCUACGGUGACUUGUGUGAAAGUGUGCCUAGGAGACAGCACAAUGCUGUGACAACAGGCUAUGCAUUUCCUUCUCAUUUCAAAAGGAAGUUGUGGGCUCAGUCCUAUUGGACAUUAAUGGAAAAAUUGCAUACAAUGCUCAAAACCUUGAUGACAAAUGAAUUGCAUGCUGUGCUGACCUUGGUUCCUGUGGUUAAAGGAUUAGAGACUGAAUUACAUUCAUGCUACUUUGGAAUGUCUUUGACAUGGUGAUAAUAAAGAUGGCACGGGGGGGGGGGGUGACUUUGCUACUCUGAAUAUGGGGCCAUGCUCCGCUUUGGUGUCGCUGGUCGCCUUACUAACCAAUGGAAUGAUCAGGAUAAAUAAGCACUUUUUCCAGAUAAUUUUUCUGGAAAACGUAAAUGAGGCGAUUAAUUGGAGACCGAUGCCCUGGCCAAUGUCACUGUGGAAGUUAUGGAUUAUUCUACAUAGUCACCAACCAUUGAAAGAUGUUUCUUUUAAGCUAUGAACAAGUUGGUGUAAUUAUUGACUAAA